CAAACAUAUAUGCAACUAAACAUAUAACCCACUUGUCAUCUGUAACAAAUCCGUUAACUUUCUGAAGACCUCGUGGGGCCUCCAGUACCUAGUCUCGGCCUUGUCCGAAUUCCCGGUCCCCCUCUACUUGCCACAAAAAUUGUAGAUCUGCCUCCGGGAAGCAUCACAAUAACCACAUCGUAGCUUCUUCUUUUCGUGCUCCGGCGUCACCUAAGUUGUUCAGAAAAACUUUACAAAUACAACCAAUUGAAUAAUGCAGCUUCCCGACCCAACGCAGAUGGGAAAGCUCUCUGAUACCCAACUAACGGCCGUGCUAGAUAAUCUCUUUGAACCGUGUGCAACUUUGAAUGCUUAUCUACUCCCCUACGUGAGAUCCACAAGUUUCGGAACUUAUACAGAGUUAAUAGAACUAUGCCGCAUUGAACUCAUCAAACUUCUCGAGAGAUAUAAAGCCGGAAUGGAUAAACCAGAAUUCGAAGAGGAGCAGGAACUACGGACGAAGAUAUGCAAGAUCGUAUCUGCACACCCCAGGUUGGGUGUUCCAAAGAAGCAGGCUGCAACAUUGUCUGUGCAUUCCCAGAACGAGCAGAAAUCUCUUUCUGCGGAAGGGGCUGGCGGAGAAGAGCUUGCCCGGCAGUUGCAGAGCUUGAAUGCAGAGUAUGAGCAGACUUUCCCCGGGUUGAUCUUUGUAGUUUUUGUCAACGGAAGGUCCAGGGAAGAAAUCAUGAAGAAUAUGCGCUACCGAAUUGCUCACAGCAAUUGGCUAGACGAGGUCAACACUGCAUUCAAUGCAAUGGCAGACAUAGCACUUGAUAGAGCCAAAAAGCUUAAUGCCAAAUUAUGAAUCAUAAAUAAGUAGUUUUUACAAUAUUUUAUACUAUAUUUAUACUAUAUCUACUUCUCAGUAAACCGCAG